GUCACAUUAUGAUAAGAUGCUUUGAUAUUAUCAUCUAGUUUUGAAUAGUUUAUUAAAUGACAAGAUAUUGUGGGCGUUAGUCACGCGUAUCAUGUGAUUUGUUUUCGCUUAUGACAAAACCACAAAAUUCAGUCUGAUUCAGUGAUUGCAGUCAAGUGAGGGCGAUUUUGUAGUUUUGACAUAUCAUUUAUUGUUCUACUUUAUAUACGAUUUACUAGGGAGAAUCUUAUCAUCUACCAUAAUGGUGCAACAAAUUCUUGCCGUGGUGAUUCUUGUCACUCUGGCCACCAUUCAUUCAGGAGAAUCAGCUAGAGCUCUAAGGAGAAUGUUUCCAAGUAAAAUAGCUCCUAUGUGGCAAAAUGGUGUAGAUCCUGGAGAACCGGCCUUCCUUACCCCAUAUUUGGAGAAAGGAGAAAUAGACAAAGCUCGACAAGUGAGUCUGGUAUCAGAUUUACGUGGUAUACCCAUCAAGAGUUAUUCAGGAUUAUUGACCGUCAAUGAAACCUACAACAGUAACAUGUAUUUCUGGUUCUUUCCUGCACAGGUAAAUCCAGCAGAUGCACCUGUGUUGCUAUGGUUACAGGGAGGACCAGGAGGAUCCUCAUUAUUUGGUUUAUUUGUAGAACAUGGUCCUUAUACAGUUUUAGAAAAUGGAACCUUGACAAGAAAAAAUGUGACAUGGAAUGAGAAAUACUCCAUGCUAUAUAUUGAUAAUCCUGUUGGUACAGGUUUUAGUUUUACUAAAGAUGAUCGUGGAUAUGCAACCAAUGAAGUGGAUGUUGGCAUCAAUUUAUACAAAGCUUUAGUGCAAUUUUUUCAAAUUUACCCAGAAUUCCAGAAGAAUGAAUUUUAUGUAACUGGUGAAUCAUAUGCUGGUAAAUAUGUUCCAGCUAUAUCCUAUAGAAUACAUUUAGAGAACCCUGCAGCUAAAGUCAAGAUUAAUUUUAAAGGAAUGGCUAUAGGUGAUGGUCUUUGUGAUCCAGAGACUAUGAUGUCACAAUAUGCCCCCUUUAUGUUUAGUAUUGGUACUCUGGAUGAAAAUCAAAGGGAUUAUUUUCAGAAUUUAUCUGAUAUUGCCGUACAAGAUAUUAAAGCUGGAAGAUAUAUGGAUGCAUUUAAGAUAUUUGAUGAGUUGUUAAAUGGUGAUGAAACAACCGGUCCACCAUUUUAUCAACAAGCUACUGGUAGUACUGAUUAUUAUAACUUCCUUAGAAUUAAAUCUCCAGAUUCAUUUGGUUAUUAUAACAAUUUGUUGGCUGAUCCCAGUGUUCGUAAAGCCAUACAUGUUGGUAAUUUGACUUAUAAUGAUGGCUCAACAGUAGAAAAAUAUCUCACUAAUGAUUUCAUGCAGUCCGUGAAACCAUGGAUAUCUGUUCUUCUUGAUAAUUAUAAGGUUAUGAUUUACAAUGGACAGUUAGAUAUUAUUAUAGCAGUACCAUUAACUGAAGCAUGGUUACAGACUGUACCCUGGUCUGGUUUAGAGAAAUAUAAAAGUGUAGAGCGUAAUAUCUGGAACUGUACUCUAUGUGGUGGAGAAAUAGCUGGGUACUAUCGCCAAGUUGAUAAUUUUUAUCAGGUUAUUGUAUUGGGAGCGGGACAUAUACUACCCCAUGAUCAACCUUUAAGAGGCUAUGAAAUGAUUCAGAGAUUUGUAGAAAAUAGAUCAUUUUCUUAAUUAACUAUUCCAUUUAAAAUUUAUUUGUAUUUCUUUAUCAUUGUUAAGAAUGUUUGAAUAAUAAAUAUUUUUUUUUAUUUUUAAAAA